GAUCACUGAUAAAAAAAUGUUUGGAGCAAUAUUGAUUUUGUGCAGGAUAUUCCCAGAUAUCUACGAUCAUGGACGGAGGGCAGAACACAUCAAGCGCAUCGCCUUCAAAGAAAAGAUUUGUGCUAAGUCCGAUACCAGAAGAAUGGGCUAGCCUUCCCGUGUAUUCUAGUUUUCAGCCCGCUCGAAUAUGCGACUGCUUUGCAGUUUAUAAAAAGAAGCGAGAAGGAGACCUCGUUCAAGAAGGCUUCGUUUGUCCAAGUGCUUCUAACAAGCUGUUGAUGCCGGCGGCGUUGCAACAGCCAAGGCGUAAGACCUUUUCGCAGAAGUACAAAGUGCUCCUGUUGAAGAUCAGAGCUGAGGAGGAAGCUCGCAAAGAAGACGUUUCCGACGGUGGAAGGAAAAGCGUGACAGAUCCUGCGGCGGGCAGCAAGCCGGGUCAAGGUGUUGUCGAAGGUGUUGUCGAUGGUGUUGUCGAAGCUGGGACGAGCGCCAUGGCAUGCGGCGCUGGGACGAGCUCCAUGCCGGGCGACGCUGGGACGAGCGCCGCUGGGAUGAGGGCCGCUGGAACGAGGGCCAUGCCGGGCGACGCUGGGACGAGCGGCGCUGGGACGAGGGCCGCUGGGACGAGGGCCAUGCCGGGCGGCGCUGGGACGAGCGCCGCUGGGACGAGGGCCAUGCCGGGCGGCGCUGGGACGAGCGCCGCUGGGACGAGGGCCAUGCCGGGCGACGCUGGGACGAGCGGCGCUGGGACGAGGGCCAUGCCGGGCGGCGCUGGGACGAGCUCCAUGCCGGGCGACGCUGGGACGAGCGCCGCUGGGACGAGGGCCGCUGGGACGAGGGCCAUGCCGGGCGCCGCUGGGACGAGCGCCGCUGGGACGAGCGCCGCUGGGACGAGCGCCGCUGGGACGAGCUCCAUGCCGGGCGGCGCUGGAACGAGGGCCAUGCCGGGCGACGCUGGGACGAGCGCCGCUGGGACGAGGGCCGCUGGGAUGAGGGCCGGUGGGACGAGGGCCAUGCUGGGCGGCGCUGGGACGAGGGCCAUGCCGGGCGACACUGGGAUGAGCGCCAUGCCGGGCGGCGCUGGGACGAGGGCCAUGCCGGGCGACACUGGGAUGAGCGCCAUGUCGGGCAGCGCUGGGACGAGCUCCAUGCCGGGCGGCGCUGGGACGAGGGCCAUGCCGGGCGCCGCUGGGACGAGCGCCGCUGGGACGAGCGCCGCUGGGACGAGCGCCGCUGGGACGAGCGCCGCUGGGACGAGGGCCAUGCCGGGCGACGCUGGGACGAGCGCCGCUGGGACGAGCGCCGCUGGGACGAGCGCCGCUGGGACGAGGGCCAUGCCGGGCGGCGCUGGGACGAGGGCCAUGCCGGGCGAUGCUGGGACGAGCGCCGCUGGGACGAGGGCCACUGGGACGAGGGCCAUGCCGGGCGGCGCUGGGACGAGGGCCAUGCCGGGCGACGCUGAGAUGAGCGCCAUGUCGCGUUUUGAAUCUUUGGAGGACCCAAUGGAAAGGGACAUGUUGAACUUUUUGUACUCCACUGACAGCUGAGGAUGGAGAAUUCUCCCUUAAUCUUCCCAUAUGUUGUGAAUAAAUAUUGUAAGCAUUG